UCGAGCAAAUAUUGUUAGAUAUUUUUAUGUGCGCACAUCCACAACAAAUAUCCUUGCCAAUCGCCGGUUAUACCACGAAUUGCGUGUAAACAAGAUGCCAGCAGUACGUGGCCAAUACCGCAGCGAAGAUUACGUGGAGCAGCAACUGCAGGAGUAAGUGCACCCAGGGCAACCAAGUGAAUCCGUCCAAUUGCCGGAAACCAGAGCCUCGCCAGCCGGAAAAGUAGAGCAGACUUGCAGAAAUCGAUGCCCCACUGCCACACAAUGGUCUAUAUGCGAAUCGUGCUGACAACCUUGGUGACCAUUACGUGUCUGCUGGGGGACAACUUCGUGGAGCUGACCCAGCAUCCACUGCUGAAGGCUCUGGCCGACAAUGCCACACAUGCGGCCAUUGGAGCACUCACGGGCAUCACGUUCGCCACACAAUUCUACGAGCGCACCUCGCAGUUGUUCGGCUGGAUAUUGAUUUUCACCUGCUUCGUUGUGUCAUCGUUCAUUGACUUGGACCACUUUGUGGAGGCUCGUUCCCUGUAUCUGGAGGAUGCCACCAAUCUGUCCAAGCGACCCUUCCUCCACUGCUCCAGCAUUAUAGUGGUGCUGCUGCUGUUCUACAUGUGCACCGCCUGUUUGAACUACUUCCGGACCAGUCUUAUGCUGGGAUCCCUACUCUGUGCCUUCAUCACACACCACACCAGGGACGCGGUGCGACGGGGCUACUGGCUGUGCCCACUGGGCCACACGGACAGGAUGCCCCAGCUGGCCUACAUACUGACCACCAUCCUGACGCCCCAUCUGCUGGGCUGCCUGCACAAUAUGUGCCGCAGCGCCAUCGUGCUCAACUUCCUGGGGCAGUACGUUAAGCUGAGCGAGGGUCAAUACCGCAGUAGUUCGACUGCCAACUAUCGCUACAUGCAAGUCUAGGCUAUAUUGUAGGAACACUUUGUGAUAAUAUUGCAAAACAUCAUCAAAUGGUAAAUGCAAAUUGCUUUUUAAGCUUCAAGCGCUUUAUGAUUAGAGAUCGCCUAGAAACCCAAAUACUUCCUCACAAACAGGACACAAUUUUACACGGAUCUACUACUAGAAGUACCUUUUUGAGGGAACUAUGCUUCCCCGUCCAAUUAAUUGAUUUUUCUUUGUUAAGUAGCGUGUAGGUUUUUACUAGCAUCUAAAUAGAAUACAGAUAAUAUCCGGAUAUGUGAUAUGUAGUCCUUAGACAAACUAGAGUAACGAGCAUAUAGCGCACAACGAUAUCUAAUCGAUUUUCAACUUCAAACUCUGACUCUUGUACUUGUAGGCCAUACGAAUUUUAAGCUAAUCGAAAAAUAAAAUCAAUCUAAUUGCCUUACAAUA